AUGACGCCGGCGCCAAAAAACGGGUCAGCCCAAAAAUCCAACCCCCAAGGUCCUCAAAAACGCGACGAAAAGUCUUCUUUGACGUCGAGAUGGCACCCGCUUUUCCUCCAAGGUCCUCCGCCGCUGCAACCCAACCCCAAGUGGGAGACAUUUCCGUCACCAUGUCGCCCCUCCGUCCUCCCUCUUCUCCUCUCCCCUCCCAUUCCUCGCCCAUUCUGUCCUGGGGUCCUAGCCUUUUGUCUCGUGGGUAGUCAACUCGACCCUUGUGCUCUGUCCGGUGUCUUGCCUCUCCGUAUCGGCUUCAUUCCGUCUCCGAGUCACCCACCCACACCAACACCGACAGACUCGAAGCAACAACCUGCACGUAAUCCGACGGAGAUACCCGACUCGCACUACACCCCAAGGUCCUCAUCUGUCAUCUCAAUCCCUGUUGGUGCCUCGCUUGGCCGGUCUCGAGCGACACUAAGCAGACGUCUAAAGUGGACCGCCAGGGACCUUGAGGACGGUCAAAACUUGCUGUGUGGCCUGGUCGCACAACAGGAAGCCAUAUAA